AUGGGGCUCCUGGACGCAGAACCGGCGCGCAUGUUGGAUGCUGUGUCUACUGCGGUCAACGAUACCAUAGAAUUCUACCGAUGGACUUGGUCCAUAGUGGAUAAACGUGUUGAAAACUGGCCUUUGAUGCAGUCUCCAUUGCCUACAUUAUGUAUAAGUACUCUUUAUCUACUUUUUGUGUGGCUGGGACCCAAAUGGAUGAAGAACAGAGAGCCCUUCCAGAUGCGUUUAGUGUUGAUUAUCUAUAAUUUUGGAAUGGUUUUACUUAACAUGUUUAUCUUCAGAGAGCUAUUUUUAGCAUCAACUGCUGCAGGAUAUAGCUAUAUUUGCCAGAGUGUGGAUUAUUCAGAUGAUGUGAAUGAAGUCAGAAUAGCUGGGGCUCUGUGGUGGUACUUUGUAUCAAAAGGAGUUGAGUAUUUGGAUACAGUGUUCUUCAUUCUGAGGAAGAAAAACAACCAAGUAUCUUUCCUUCAUGUGUAUCAUCACUGUACUAUGUUUACACUGUGGUGGAUUGGCAUUAAGUGGGUAGCAGGAGGACAAGCAUUUUUUGGAGCUCAGCUUAAUUCUUUUAUCCAUGUGAUUAUGUAUUCAUAUUAUGGCUUAACUGCAUUUGGCCCAUGGAUUCAGAAAUAUUUGUGGUGGAAACGAUACUUGACCAUUUUGCAGUUGGUUCAGUUCUAUGUGACCAUUGGACACACAGCAUUGUCUCUUUAUACGGAUUGCCCUUUCCCCAAAUGGAUGCACUGGGCUCUCAUUGCUUAUGCCAUCAGCUUUAUUUUUCUGUUUCUCAAUUUCUACUAUCAAACAUACAAUGACCCCAAGACUUCUAAAGCCCGAACAGCCACAAAUGGUAUUUCAGCAAAUGGUGUAAGCAAAUCAGAAAAGCAGUCAGUGGUGGAGAAUGGAAAAAAGAAGCAUAAUGGAAAGGCAAAAGGAGAAUAACUUGAUCCAGGCCUUAAUUUUUGUUCACAGUGAGGAACUUCCCAUUUGAUAAAAUUUUCAGGGAAAAACACAAGCAAAUGAGGGUUUGGAAUAGGGAGAAAGGAGCCUUCUCUCUCUGUGCCAGUUAACCUUUAGACUAACUAAAGUGUUAGGUAAGAUACCCAGAUGCUUAUUUAUGAAUAUUGUUUUAACAAUAAGACUUUUAGUUAACUUUUGGUUUUUGUCCAGACUAAAGGAUCGUCCUAUUAUUUGGAAGAUUGCCUUUUUGGGCUACGAGGUUCUUCACAGAAGAACUUUUGCUAGUAAAAUACUAGUUCAAAUAUAAUGGAGUUUUCAUAAAUCUUUUUGUGCAUAUGUGCGGUUUCUUCUAACACUGGUUUUUGAACCAACUAGAUGAGCCAUAUCACAAAGUGACUAUAUUUAAUGAGGACAUUAGCAUACAUACGCGCUCUCACAAACAAUCCUUUAGUCUAAAUUACCAGCUACAUGCCCUAGUUUGAAAGGGAACACUUUCCAUUUUCUGGAUUGAAGCAUAAUGGCAACAUAAACAAUCUAAAGUAUUCUGGAUUUUGAUUUACUUGCUAAAGUGGUCUGAACAAGCCAUUUUUUUUUUUGUUUUAAUUAGGUAUUAAAAAUCUGGUAAUGACUCUAAAGUCUUAAGUGUUUGGUGAAGUCCGGUGUUGGUGAAUAUAAGAAAACAUUGCAGAAAAUAUGUUUUAGCAGUCCAAAGGUUAUUGUGAUGCAAAUGAUUGUGGGGAAACAAUUUUUUUGUGAGGAAAAGGUAGCCUUUGAAUAUCUGUUUCUAUCAGAAUGUAUUAUGAAAAAUUAUAAUUAUUGUCUAAUUGGAACAUGAAAUGUCUCUUGUCUUUAUUAGCAAUAUCAACAGUUACAUUUAUGUGCUUUUUUAAAAAAGUAUGUUGAUUUUAUCUGAUUUUACUUGUUUUGAUUUUAGUGUCUGUUACAGAUUUCAUAUGUAUAAAUAUACCUACCUCUUCUGUUGACAAGUACAUUUAAAAUUAAAUAAAUUUUAAUUUUAAAAAAUACCACACACACAAGGAGUCUUCCAAUGUAAUGUUAGUCAUGUUAACUCCAAAACCUACUAUUCUUCCUUAGUUUUGUGAAUAGAGUAUACUCAGGUUUUUCUAUAAAAUCAUUCUUUUCACUUAAAUACAAGUUUAGUUUUAUAGUGAUAAUUUUGUUGUGAUUAAGUUCAGAUAGUAUUUAUUAAUAAUGUGUAGUACAAUCCCAUUCUAGUGCAAUAUUUUUGACUCCUUGGUGCUGAGAUUAGGAAAUCCACAAUGUUUAAUGUCAUAGACAUUAGACAUAGAUAAAGACAGGAUUAUGAAACUACAUUUGCCAUUGAAAAGCAAUACUUAUAUAAUAUGUGACCAAUUCAGUAGGGAAGAGAAUAUGUACUAUUUAUACAUAUUACUUUGUGAAAGAGUAUGAUAUAGUGGUUGGAAGACUGGCUUUGAAGUUAUUAAGACCUGUAUUCAAAUCAUGCCUCAGAGAUAUAAAUAUAUAUAAGCUAUGUGAUCCUAGAUGAUCAAGUCAUUUGACUUCUAAGUAUCCCGGUCAACUCUUCAAAGACUACAAAUUAUGAAUGAGGUAUCAUAGAGAAAACUAUCUUACUGAGAGGUUUCCCCACUGGGAGUUCCCAGUACUGAAGAAAUCACAGGUCCGGACAUUAAAAAAUAUAUACAUAUUACAUAAAUUAAUUUAUAAGGGAGAUAUUGGACAUAAUUCUAUUUUAAAAAAGUGGAAAACUGUAAUACUUGACACAAAAGCAUGAACAAGGUUCUAAAAAUUUUAUUGACAUGUUAAAACUGCAUGUGCAGGAUAUAUAAUGUAUGACUGUGGCAGACAAUAUUUUUUAAAAUUUUGUAAAUCAAAAAAUAUUUAUUGUGCAUUAAAAUUAGGCAUUUCAUUGUUUGUUUUUUCUUAAUGCAUUUGCAAUUUUGAGAAUUGUAAGGUACUUGCUACAGAUCUAUAAUGUUAUGGUCAGAUAGGAUUAAACACAGUUUGUUUUUGCUUCUUAAUUCUGUAAUCAUGAUAAAUUUGUAACUCUGUAUAAAUAAUCUGUACUGAUUUCUCUGAGCUCCUCAUUCUCUUCCACUUGAUUUAUGCACAAUAAAUAUGCUGCUGCAGGGGGAAAA